UCAUUCCAUUCUUGCCCACUGUCUCUGUCUAACUCAAAGAAAAAGUCGAUAAAGGAAGGUGAAAAAAUUAUAUAAAACCGGCGUUCUAUAAAAUGAAUGUCAGUAAUAUCGUCCGAAGAGGAUUAAACAAACCUACUUCUUCCGUCUUCCAGCGAUUUUUCCAAACUACUUCUUCCAAAAUGGUGCAGGUAGGAGAUUCAGUACCCAAUGUUGACCUAUAUGAAGAUUUACCAACAAAUAAGGUCAAUCUUGCUCAACUGGCUUCAGGGAAGAAAAUCAUUGUCUUUGCUGUACCAGGGGCCUUCACUCCAGGUUGUUCCAAGACUCACUUGCCUGGCUAUGUAAACAAAGCUGACGAUCUAAAAAAGCAAGGCAUAAACGAAAUCGUCUGCGUUUCUGUAAAUGACCCAUUCGUAAUGGCCGCAUGGGCCAAAGACCAAAAAACUGAUGGAAAAAUCCGCCUUUUAGCCGACCCCUCAGCUGCCCUGGCCAAAGCUCUGGAUCUAACCGUCGAUAUAGCCCCACUAGGUGGAGUUCGCAGCAAGAGAUACUCCAUGGUGGUAGAAAAUGGCAAAAUCACUUCCUUGCAGGUUGAACCUGAUGGCACAGGUUUGUCCUGCUCACUCGCCGAAUCUAUUAAGUUAUAAGAGAUCUCACUUACGACAGUGUCUUUGCUUUUGUCUUUAGUUUAGUACAAUAAGGAGGUAUUCGUAAUAGUUUAUGUAUUGUAUAUAUUUUGCAUUAAAUACAUUUCCUGAGGUUAAUAAAUCUGUUUUACUCGAAA